AUGAGUACAGGUGGUUUUUCUUCAUCUGGUUCAGCAAGUAAUCAAGCAAAAGAAGGAACAGAAAAUAUUGAAGGAAAUGAAUUUUCUACUGGCGGAAAUCAUUCAACUAGUAUGUCAUCUUCAGGUUCAACGAGUAUUCAAGCAGAUGUACAUUCUAAAAGCGAAGGCGACGACACAAGAAAUUACACAGCAACUGAAGCUUUAAAAACAGCAACAUUUCAAAAAUAA